AAACCGCGAACUACGAGGGAUGAUCGGUGAGAAAUUGGUGGGCAAUGGUGGGCAACGUCACCUUUGCCUGAUUUGUUAAGAGCAUGAGAGCCGCUACAUAACAGCCAGGUAUUUUUGAGGUUUCUAUUGUGAAGAAGUAGUCAACCAAAUCCAAACAUCCCAGCAGAAAACACGAGCAUUUCCGGCACCAAAUCAAGUAGAGACGACCAAAACCCCAAGCCAUGGCAAGGCAGUUUGGCUAUCGACAUGGCAUUUCCGUGCUGCAAAUCGUCGCCUUUUCCUUCGCCCUCCCGUGCGCGGUCUGGAUGGCAUGCACCCGGCGAAACGGCUGGUUUGGCAUCGGCGGCUUGUCUAUAAUACGGCUCGUCGGCGCGAGCUGCUUGUUGGCCACACUGAGCAACAACUCGAGGAGGGUGUGGGCGGGUGCAUACGUGUGCGAAAACCUGGGCAUCGCCCUGUUAACGUUUUUGCUGCUGGGCAUCUUGGAGAGGGCAAAUCGCCACGCCAAAUUCGUCCACCGAUGGGCAUUCUCCGUCCCCUACACCGUCUCUUGGGCCGGCAUGGGCGUCUCGGUGGGCGAGUUCAUCACCGCGUCGCGCCGGCCCGACGACGACGACGCGACGCUCAACGGCUGGGGCCUGGCCGGCACCAUCAUGUUCCUGCUCUUCUUCGUCACGACGUCCGCGCUGGCGGCAGUCUUUUUCCGCCGCCGCGCCGAGCUGCCCGACGGCGAGCGCGCGCAGGUCAAGUGCGUCGCGGCGGCCUGCCUGCCCGCCAUGGUGGUGCGCAUCGUCUACUCGCUGGUGGGCCGGUUCCCGGGGCCGGCGCGCGGCGUCUUCAGCCCCAUCCGCGGCGACCCGACCGCCUACCUGCUCAUGACCGCGCUGCCGGAGCUGCUGGUGGUCGGGGCGUGCACCGCCGUCAUCCUCAGGCACGGCAGGGACUGGAGGGUGUACUACAAGAGCGCCGCCUCGGAGGAGGUGGUGCAUGGGGACCAGGACGGCUUGGAUUUACGCGGUAGUAGCGGUCGUGUUUGACUAAAAAAAAAAAAAAAAACUACUUUGUAAGUCGGGCGGGAUAUUGUUGACAGCUGAACAUACUGAACAUACGAUUACUGUUUUUAGACCA